AUGGAGCGGUCGCCCGCGGAGAGAGUGCUGCCGGCCUCUCCCAACUGGUACUGCGGCCGGUGCAGCGACGCCUCCCAGGACGGGCGCCUGUUCGGCUUCGCGGCUCGCCACACGGUAUGCCUCCUGGAGGCCCGCCCCGCCGGCCCUGCCUUCUACGGGGAGCUAGUUGGCCAUACUGAGAGAGUCUCAGGCUUCUCAUUUUGCCCCUGUCCUGAUCAAAACUACCUCUGUGCCAGCAGUUCUGAUGAUGGAGCUGUCAAGAUCUGGGAUACUCACUCCCUGGCUGUCUUAAUAGAGCAUUCACUGCAUCAGAAUACAAUUUCUACCUUGCAUUGGUCACCCAAAGUGAAAGAUUUGAUAGUGUCUGGUGAUGAGAAGGGAAUAGUAAUUUGUUACUGGCAUAAUCGAAAUGACAGCCAAACAUUCUUCCCAGAGCCCAGAACCAUAUUUUGUCUCACUUGUUCUCCACACCAUGAGAAUUUGGUAGCCAUUGGGUAUAAAGAUGGAAUUGUGGUUGUCAUUGACAUCAGCAGAAAGGGAGAUGUGGUUCAUCGCCUGAGAGGUCAUGAUGAUGAAAUCCAUUCUCUUGUAUGGUGUCCUGUUGUUGGUGAGGAAGCCAUAUGCAGUCAACACGAAGAGUUUCAAGAGGAAAUCACUGCUGGACGUGUUUCAGAAGAAGCUGCUGGAACAAAAGGCUACUGCUUAGCCUCAGGAAGCAAGGAUCAGACCAUCCGUGUGUGGAGUUGUACUAGAGGCAGAGUGAUAAUGACUCUGAAGUUGCCCUUUUUGAAAAGAAGAGGCAGAGGUGUUGAACCAGCUGUGAAAGAGCGUAUCUGGCUAACACUGCAUUGGUCCAAAAGUCACCCCGCACGAAUCUUCUCUAGCUGUUUUGGGGGUGAGCUGCUGCAGUGGGAUUUGACCCAACCUGGGAAACGGAAGUGGGAGCUCCUGGGAACAUCAUCUGAAGGACAAAACCACUGCAGAAUAGUUUUCAAUUUGUGUUCCUUGCAAGUAGAAGACAGGGAGUUACUUCUCUCCACUUCAAUGGACAGGGAUGUGAAGUGUUGGGACCAGUUAACUUUAAAUUGUUGCUGGACAAUGCCCUCUUUAGGUGGGUUUGUUUACAGCCUGGCCUUUUCCGCUGUGGAUGCAGGCUGCCUUGCUGUAGGAGUUGGGGAUGGCAUGCUUCGGGUGUGGAACACUCAGUCAAUAAACAACUAUUACGAUGUGAAAACAUUCUGGCAGGGCAUUAAAUCUAAAGUCACAGCAUUAUCCUGGCACCCAACAAAGGAAGGCUGUUUAGCUUUUGGAACAGAUGACGGAAAAGUUGGCAUCUAUGAUACCUAUUCUGACAAGCCUCCACAAAUCUCCAGCACAUACCACAAGAAAACAGUGUACACAUUAGCCUGGGGACCUCCUGUUCCUCCACUCUCCUUUGGAGGUGAUGGUGACAGGCCUUCUAUGACUUUGUAUAGUUGUGCAGGAGAAGGAAUUGUCUUCCAGCACAACCCUUGGAAACUUAGCGGAGAAGCUCAUGACAUCAACAAACUCAUCCGAGAAACUAAUUCAGUCAAACACAAAUUACCAGCACAUACAGAGAUCAGUUGGAAACCAGGUGGCAGUAUCUUGGCUAUUGGUAAUGAAGAUGGAUCAAUUGAAAUAUUUAGAGCUCCUAACUUGAAGCUGUUGUGCACCAUUCAGCAGCACCACAAACUCAUCAAUGCUAUUCGCUGGCAUCAUGAUCAUGGAACACAGCCAGAAAUGAGUUAUAUGAUAGCUUCUGGCUCCAACAAUGCUGUUAUUUAUGUGCAUAAUAUCAAGAGUGUCAUAGAGAACUCUCCAGAGAGGCCCAUGACAAUAACUGAGCCCUUUCGUACUCUUUCGGGACACACAGCUAAGAUCACUAGCUUGUCUUGGAGUCCACAUCAUGAUGGAAGACUGGUAUCUGUUUGCUAUGAUGGCACUGCCCAGGUCUGGGAUGUUCUAAAGGAAGAGCCUUUGCAUAAUUACAGGGGACACCGGGGCCGAUUGCUUUGUGUGCAGUGGUCACCUGUGGAAACAGACGCCAUAUACACUGGAGCCGAUGACUUCUGUGUCCAUAAAUGGGUCACUUCAAAGCAGGAACAUAGUCGCCCUCCUCCAGUAGGGAAGAAGAGCAUUGACUUAGAGAAAAAGAAAAGCACUCAACUCAAACCAAAAGCUAAGAAAAAGAAGAAGCCACCUGGAAAGCAGCCUUCAACACAGGAAGUGGGUGAUUGGUUGAAUGGUGGUGAGGACAUGAAAGAGUCUCCCUUACAAGAGAAUAGGAUGUCAGACCAAGAGGGAGAAAAGGAGGACCAGGAAACAGCUGAGAAAAUAUCUCUGGAAGCUCACAAGGUUUUGCCUUCAUGUCCACAAACUGUUUCUGGAGUAGACGUUCCAAAACUUUCCUCAAUCAUCAAAACUCUGCCUGUGCGGAAGGAUCCCAUAAAACCAGGGUCAGAUGCUUUUGUGAAGAGGAAAAAGCCUCGCUCCAUCCUUCCUCUCAGCACAAAUAUGGACCACAGGUCAAAGGAAGAACUGCACCAAGACUGUUUCAGAGUUGCAACUUUCUUACAUGCAAAAGACAUGAAGGAAGAUCUAGCAUCUUUUUCAAAGGAACCUGUGCACUUGGGACUCUUCACAGAUAGACCUUCCCUGUACAAGAUGAUGGAAGCAGAAGGAAAAAGCCACUUAGAGAAUGGACACCCAGAGUUAUUUCAGCAGCUCAUGUUGUGGAAAGGAGAUUUGAAAAGUGCUCUCCAAUCAGCUGCAGAAAGAGGCGAGAUAACAGAUCAACUAGUGGCCAUCUCACCAAUAGCUGGCUAUCAUGCCUGGAUGUGGACGGUGGAAGCUUUCGCCAGGCAACUCUGUUUUCAAGAGCAAUAUGUCAAGGCUGCCUCGCAUCUCCUCUCUCUCCAUAAAGUAUAUGAAGCUGUGGAGCUUUUGAAGUCACAUAAUUUUUUCAGGGAGGCCAUUGUAAUUGCAAAGGCUAGAUUGCGGCCUGAAGAUCCUAUGCUGGAAGAGCUGUACACCAGUUGGGCAGCAGUGCUGGAGAAGGAUGGUCAUUAUUCCCUGGCAGCAAAAUGUUAUCUGGGAGCUUCCUCUCCUUACGAUGCAGCCAAAGUGCUGGCUAAAAAGGGAGAUACGGCUUCUCUUAAAGCCGCUGCUGAAGUGGCUCUGAGAGCCGGAGACAGAGACCUCUCAGUGACGUUCUCCUUCAGAUGCGCCCAAGAAUUCCUCUCUUCCAGGAACUGGGUUGGAGCGCAAGAGGUUCUCCAGCAGCAUGAGAGCUUAUUGGGACAUAGAUUGGUAUUCUGUUUUAAUGAAUUGCUUCACAAGCACCUGAAUGAAAGGAAUUUGGUGGAAAGCCGAAGUCCCUCCAUUCCUUGUUAUCACAGCUGGCCAGUGAAACAAGGUGGCUGUUUCACAGAAAUAGUUAUUGGCGUAUGGCAGAGCAUAUUUGGUGUGAAUACCUUUGAACAGUCACAGAAGAUAUUGGAGCAGCUGAGAACUGUUGAGUAUCCCCCUACAACUCCCAACACUCAUCCCAGGCAGCUCCUGUUCCAUAUUUCUCAUGAUCUGACCCUAGCAUUUUUGAACCUUCAGACCUCUUCUUGGGAAGAGGCAGUGAAAGCUUUUCUCAGAGCAGUGACCCGCAGCUAUGAUGCUGGGAACUUUAAUCUCAUGCAAGACAUCUGUAACCUCCUCUUUCCUACAGUAUGUGAUCAUCUGAGAGAAAAGCUGGACCACACGGAUUCGCAGAGCAUGGUUACUUUCCAAAGCUUAGAGGCAUUUGUGGCUUAUGGGCAGCUAUAUGACCUGUGGUGGGACCCACGUGGUCCUUCUGCCUUAGAGAAAUCAGAACUUCAGCCUGAAGCUUGCUCUUCUGGGAAGUCUUUUCUUGACCAGAGCAAUGCCAAAUUAAACUCUUCACUUGAAGAAGCUGCAGCUGAGACUGACAUCAGGAAAGCCUCUGAAAAAACUGAGGCCAAAAUCAGCGUUGAACCAGAUCCAUUUCCCAAGAGCAAUGGUGCUCCCGAAGAAACUGCCUCACCAGCCAAGUCAGCCCUAUCUAUGGAAAGAGAAGUGAAACUGGAGGCCUGUAGAGUGCUCCUGUCAGCAGAACAUGCUGCAGUCCAGAGUUUACAGAGGGAUAUUUCUAGAGUUCAGCAGACUUUGACAGACAUGAUCUGUCAGCAUCAGAAAAACAAUUUCCACCAAAGUGCCACCAAUGGACAGAAUGAAGAGAUCGAAACCCCAUCAGGCCAGGCUUGGAGUCAAGAUCAAGUGAACGAACAGAUUUCUCUGCCAGAUCUGACAAAGCAACUCACAGAAGCUAAUAAAAAACUAGCAGAGUUUCCUGAGAAUAUAAAGGCUUCCCGGUUCCCUGAUGUAUUGGAGUGCUGCCUUGUUCUUCUUCAUAUUGACAGCCAGGACCAUGAGUCUGUCAUUUCAGAAAUACAGCAACAGUCAUUAGACCUACUUAAAAAAUACAGAGGAACUCACAUAUGCAAAGAUGCUUGCGAAAAGUUCUUUUCAUGAACCUCUUGUUUUCCUUUCUGGAUGUGAAGGACUGUUUAAUUUGAAGUAUGUUUCAUUAUGGAUUGAUGAACAGGAGACUACUGUUAUACAGUUCUGUUGAUUAGUGGAGUGUAAUGACAUAAUGUAAAGUUCCUCUAAAAGCAAAAUACAGUUUUUUAAUAACUGUCAGCUUAUUUUGUAUUUGGAAAGAUAUGUAUAGAAGGAACUAAUAUGGGGUGCCCAAACAUCCCUACAUUUGGAAGGCAGGGAGUUUGUUACCUAAGCAAUAAAAAUUUAUAUUCUGAAA